ACACACACAGUCCCAAACCUGACUUUCAAGCAUUCGGAUCCCCAGUAGGAGAUUGGGACUAUCUGUAAUCGCACGUUUUAAAACUUCUGACGCAUAAACAUCCUUCAGCCUUCUGGUUUGCCUUAUAUCGUCCGGACUAUACUUUUUCCCCUCCUGCUUAACAAGACAUUGGAGAAGUGGACUGGUUCCUGCCUCUCUUGUUCCUGCGCUCUCCAGCAAGUUCCACCUUAUCUGUCGGCUCUGUUUUUAAAGAUUUGUAUUGCAUUUGUGUGAAUUUGUUGGUGCAGAUCCCUUCGGAUGUUUUAAGGAUCCGGCAAACUGUAUAUGGAAGUUGUGGGGCGCAAGGUGAAAGAAAACAGUUGCACAUUGCGUCCAGCAGCCAUGCUUUUCCACGGCAUCUCUGGGGAUCAUAUUCAAGGGAUCAUGGAGGAGAUGGAGAGGAGAUCUAAAACGGAGUCUCGUCUGGCUAAAACAGUCCAGAUGAACGGACGAGAGACGACGAUGCCCUCCAUGAGUCCAGAGAAGCCUGCCUUGUGCGCCGGCUGCGGUGGCAAAAUCUCCGACAGAUACUACUUACUCGCCGUUGAUAAACAGUGGCAUUUACGGUGUCUGAAGUGUUGUGAAUGUAAACUGGCCCUCGAGUCCGAGCUGACGUGUUUCGCGAAGGAUGGCAGCAUUUACUGCAAAGAGGAUUACUACAGAAGGUUCUCCGUGCAGAGAUGUGCCCGCUGCCACCUCGGGAUCUCCGCCUCGGAAAUGGUGAUGCGCGCCAGGGACUCCGUGUACCAUCUGAGCUGCUUCACCUGCACCACAUGCAGCAAAACACUGACCACGGGUGACCAUUUCGGCAUGAAAGACAACUUGGUUUACUGCCGAGUUCACUUCGAGACCCUUAUUCAGGGAGAGUAUCACCCUCAAUUAAACUACGCUGAAUUGGCGUCCAAAGGCGGAGGGCUUGCGAUGCCUUACUUCAAUGGCACCGGCACGGUGCAGAAAGGAAGGCCUCGGAAGAGGAAGAGUCCGGCGAUGGGGAUAGAUAUCGGCAGUUACAACUCAGCUUGUAACGAGAACGAAGCAGACCAUUUGGAUCGGGAUCAGCAGCCCUACCCUCCUUCCCAGAAAACCAAACGCAUGCGUACAUCGUUUAAACACCAUCAGCUUCGCACCAUGAAGUCUUACUUUGCCAUAAACCACAACCCUGAUGCCAAGGACUUAAAACAACUUGCCCAAAAGACAGGCCUGACCAAGAGAGUUCUUCAGGUUUGGUUCCAAAACGCACGGGCCAAAUUCAGAAGGAACGUUUUGCGGCAGGAGAAUGGGGGUGUUGAUAAGGCUGACGGCACGUCACUUCCACCGCCCUCUUCUGACAGCGGUGCUCUGAGCCCACCCAGCACGGCCACAACACUAACUGACCUGACCAAUCCCUCUAUCACCGUAGUAACAUCAGUGACCUCUAGUUUGGACAGCCAUGAAUCUGGGAGUCCCCCACAAACUACCUUGACAAACCUUUUCUAACACAGAUUUGUUUUUGUCUUUUAACCCCAUUUAUUUUCAGAUUUUAUUUUAUUUAUUUUUUUGUCCACAAAUAACACCCUUCAGCAACCAGAGACAGACCUUUGGAAAAUAAUGUAAACAAAAAUGAAAGGCAAGAAGACCUAUUAAAUGUGUAGCAUUUGCAACCACGUGGCAGCUGAGUUUGUAGUACUUGUCAAUUAUGUGUUUUUGUGUUAACACUUUUAGAUCUGGGCAGUCAUGUGAAUUGGGACAGUGAGCACUUAUACAGCUGAUAUUCAGAGAUUUUUUUCUUUUUACUUUAUUUCUCCACAAAAUAAAAAAAUAAAUAAAAUUGUAAUGUGAUUUUCAGUUUUCCGCAACACAUUAAAAACCAACCAGAUUUACAAAAAAACCAAACAAAACAAAAAAAACAGUAAAUCAGCGUACGCGAUUUACAGAUUAGUGUACCUUAGCAUUUCUGGUAUGGAAAUCAAAAUAUAUUUCUAGGAAUUUGCUGUCAUAAUUUAAAUGAAAAUUAUUUAAUUUCAAAUCAAAUUUAGAAUUUAAAAUGGUUUAUUCCAUAAUUGAAGGUAUUUUUAAUCAAACGAUUACUACAAUUACUUGCGUUCUGCAGCGAUUUAACAGAAUUACAUUUUUGGAACAGGAAAUGGUUUUAACAGGUUCUAUCCCAGAGAUCAUUCUAGACGUUUGAGAUCACAUAAGCCCUCAAGUCAGAACUCAAAUGCCAGGUGGAUGCUGUAACCUCACUUUAGGUUCAUUCUGUCAUUGACACUAGAUUGCAACGAAUAACUGUUGAUUGAUAACUGUUCAAAAUAUUACUACCGAAGAUUCCAAAAAGUGGUGGAAAAUCUAUUCUUUACAUUAUAUUUUCAAUGUGGCCUACAUUUGAAUUAAAUAACUAAAAGAGCACAUUUAACUCUAUGCUCAGUGACUCUACAUUUGUGAAUGUUCAUCUUAUUCAUUUUAGGAAUUCAGAAAAUUCAGGCUAAUUUGAGGAGGAAAAUCAGUCACUUAUUUUCUUUCCACCUUUUAGUUUUCCCCCCUGCCACAAUUUUAAAGCAUAUGCUUUUAUUUUAUUCUUAAACAGACCAAAAAAAUAUUUAUUGUGGGCUUGGAGGCUCAAGUGCGGGACAGUUUAGAAUCGGCCGGGCUCUUAUAGGGUGAAACAUUUCCUUGUGUGAUGACAAAUUUGUUCUGUUGUAGAACAAAGUGGUACACUAGAUCUACUUCAUGAAGUAGAUGCUUAACUCAGUUUUACUAUGUGCCUUAUGCGAUUACUUGGAAAAGAGUUUGUGAAAUUCAGGAGAUACAUGUUUGUUUGUUCGAUGAUUUACAUCCUUGGAACGCCUCACUAGUUUUGUACUGUUCUGUUUUUCAUCUGAUUUUUUGAAGAUAUUUUUAAUGGUGUAUUCUGUUACAAGGGGGCAGCGAUGUCAUAGAAAGCAGUUGUGCACUCUCAGAUAUAGUUGGUAAAUCCGAGAAUCUUAUAUAUUGAUCUUCGUGUUAAUAGUACAGUACGUGUUCUAUCAAGAUUGUCCAUGUUUCCUUGUUUCUUGAAAAAAGAUUGUGUAUAGAAACUAUUUCCCCUUAAAUAUUUAUGGACCAAACAAGUUGUUAUAUCUUAUUAAAUUUGU